UUGUCGUGCUUAUCGGGUCAUAAGCAGGCUGGCAUGGCAGCGGUGCUUCCACACACGCAGCCUGUCACAUGCAGCGAUGAGCUGGCGGUCCCCUUCCCCCUGGCCCACCGGCUGACUAUGAAGGAGGUGUUUGACGCGGAAGGCCGGCCGCGGGUGGACCUGCUCAAAGCUCACCUCACCAAGGAGGGCCGACUUGAGGAGGCCGUGGCUCUACGCAUCAUCGAUGAGGGCGCCGCCAUCCUGCGUCAGGAACGCACUAUGCUGGAUAUUGAGGCGCCAGUCACGGUGUGUGGAGAUAUCCACGGCCAGUUCUUUGACCUGAUGAAGUUAUUUGAAGUGGGAGGUUCUCCUGCCAACACGCGCUACCUCUUCCUAGGGGACUAUGUGGACAGGGGCUACUUCAGUAUUGAGUGUGUGUUGUACCUUUGGUCACUGAAAAUCCUCUACCCAAAGACACUCUUUCUUCUACGGGGAAACCAUGAAUGUAGACAUCUUACAGAAUAUUUCACCUUCAAACAAGAAUGUAAGAUCAAGUAUUCAGAACAGGUGUAUGACUCCUGCAUGGAGGCGUUUGACUGCCUGCCCUUGGCAGCUCUGAUGAAUCAGCAGUUCCUGUGCGUGCAUGGGGGGCUAUCACCAGAAAUCCACACAUUGGACGACAUCAAAAAGUUGGACCGGUUCAAGGAGCCCCCAGCAUUUGGGCCCAUGUGCGACCUGCUGUGGGCCGACCCCCUGGAAGACUUUGGCAACGAGAAAACCCAGGAGUACUUUGGGCACAAUACAGUCAGAGGAUGCUCAUAUUUCUACAGUUAUCCAGCAGUGUGCGAGUUCCUACAGACCAAUAACCUGCUGUCAAUCAUCAGAGCGCAUGAAGCACAGGAUGCUGGCUACCGCAUGUACAGAAAGAGUCAGACUACAGGUUUCCCCUCCCUCAUCACCAUCUUCUCUGCUCCUAACUACCUGGAUGUCUACAACAACAAAGCUGCUGUGUUAAAAUAUGAGAAUAACGUGAUGAACAUCCGCCAGUUCAACUGUUCUCCACACCCCUACUGGCUGCCCAACUUCAUGGAUGUCUUCACGUGGUCGCUGCCUUUCGUUGGGGAAAAGGUUACCGAGAUGCUGGUGAACGUUCUGAGUAUCUGCUCAGACGACGAACUCAUGAAUGAUGGUGAUGAGAUCUAUGAUGCCAGUGCAGCAGCAGCAAGGAAAGAGGUGAUCAAAAACAAGAUCCGAGCCAUCGGGAAGAUGGCCAAAAUGUUCUCUGUGCUACGGGAGGAGAGUGAGAACGUCUUGACCCUGAAAGGACUGACUCCCACAGGCAUGCUGCCUAGCGGCGUGCUCUCCGGGGGCAAGCAGACCCUGCAGAGUGCUACCAUUGAGGCCAUUGAAGCAAUCGAGACAGUUAAGGAUGCUGAAGCCAUCCGAGGCUUCUCUCCGCAGCACCGGAUCAGCAGUUUCGAAGAGGCCAAAGGUCUUGACCGGAUCAAUGAAAGGAUGCCGCCCCGACGCGACGCCGUCAAUAGUGUGGGCCUGUCGAUGGGCCGCAUGAACAUGGGAGAGCCCAAUGGGACAGACAGUAACAGCAAUAUACAGUGAUGGGACAUAGCACUCUCACAUGCUCCAGACACAUACAUGCAGUUACAACAACGAUACGGUACCAUAUUUAUAGAUACGUGUACAUAAGCAUAUAUACACAAGAGAAAUGCAUCACAUAUAAAAACACACACGUAAAAGACAUUACAUUCACACACAGCCAAACACCGUUAUCUAACCCCCCCCUUCCUGUUGUCAUUUAAAGGCAUGGACUUUACAACCAAAGGCCGGUAAACUGAACUGAUUGGCCGUAUUCUUGAGAACUACAACUCCCAUGUACCUGCGCAAUGACAGGAGAGAAACUCCCAAAACGCGCCUCUAUGCCAAAAAAGGAGCGCUACUUUUCAUCGGGUGUGUGAUGGAGAUCGCACACACCGGGGUUGAGGGGGUCGGCAUGAUUUUUUUGUGUGUGUGGGGUGUGUGUGUGUGUGCGUGUCUGCUGUUUAGGAUGGGGUGAAGCGUGAGGAGGCUUUCAGGGGCCCAAAGCAUUUAAAGCACUAUGUAUAUGUGCUCCUCUCUCCUGGUGGCAUCACAGCACUGGGAGUUGAAAUUAAACUUAGGUUGCUUUUUAAAAGAGUGGUUGGAAUGCCUGCAUGUGGCGCGCCUGCACAUGCUUCAAAGUGUCCUGUGUCUGUGCAGUUAUAUUUGACAAGUGUUUUUGGUUCUGAACACAAGCAGUCAACUUUUUGGUGCAAGGCUGAGCGGCUAAUGUGUCAGAAGAGAUGUGGGAGAUUAUUCCAGGUGGAGUCCAAUCUGAUCUCUCUGGCAUUUUCUUCUGGGGAGCGUAUUCCUGUUUGCUUUUGUAGCACUACACUGCACACAGUCUCCAUUUGAAGCCAAACAGAGGACCCCAUUCCUGUCCAAAACUUAAGCUCCUGGCCAGUCAGCUUGUGGGAAAGGGCCUGGAUAAUAAGUGAGAAGUCCCUCCACCCCACCGUCCUGUUGUGUGUAAAUAGGAUACAUAGAGAGGUUUUAUUGCACAUCUGACACAUAAGGUCACAGGAUGCAAGAUGCAGUAUAGUGGAAGUAUGAUGCUUUAUUCCAUGUGAGGGAGUUCAAAUGUGAAGUCAUGCUCUUCAUUCUCUUUCUACAUCCUGUUUUCUUCCUGCGUUGCUGUCUGCAACCCCCCAAAAAAUACAAAUAAAAGCAACGAUGACCGGGAAUUUCUGGUCUAUAAAGCAGGAAAUGGUAUUUCCCAGAGGAAACAGACUCUUCUGGUUGAAGGAAGGAGCAAAGACAACAAGAAGAAGUCAAAAGAAAAAGGUCUUUGUAAAGCAUUUAUAUUAAUGCAUCAGUGCAUGCAAAGUUAAGUUCUUUGAUAAUAAUGUGAAGAUUAUAUUUGUGCUCUGUGUUUCACUAUGGUAGAAACUUUUUUCUUCUUGUUUUUCUGGCUAGUAUAAAAGAACUGAGGUAUAAUGAAUCAUUUAUUUUGUACAUAAUGUUGAUUUAAUUUAUUUUUUCUAUUCAUUUAGUGUUAUAUUGCUUGAUUGAUUUUCAUCUUCUUUUUUUCCAACUUUCACCUCCAAUCUCCCUGUUUGUUUUUUUUCUUUGUCCAGGGACCAUGUCCUUCAGUUACUUUUCACGCUGUACAGAAUGAUAAGUACGCUUCUAUUCAAAGUGUCGAGUCCACGUUCUCUCCUCUCUUCUUUGUCUAUGUACAGGAGUUGUUUUUUAAAUGAUGAUUAUGAAUUACGGUAAAAACGAAUAUUAAAACUAGCAUUGAUGAAUGACCAUACUAUAUACAAAAGGCACAGGCAUUCAGGCAGCCAAAAGCAUGAUUGCAUGGUUCAAAUUUGCGCUGUUCAAAGCAAAAAGCGCAGACACAGCUUACCAGAAGAGCCGGUGUGUCGCCGUCACAAUUUAAAGAAAAAAAAGUGUAUUCUCUCUGAUCAUGAUUCUUGAUGAUUCCUCUUGUUAACUGAUAUUUAUGAUUCUAUGAUUAUUAUGAUUCUAUUUAUUAUGGACAUUAUUUUUAAUAUUUAAGCUCUCUCUUUCUGCUGGUUGCUCUUCAUGUUCUGUUGCUCCUUGGUUGAUCUUGUGCUUCUUUGGGAAAGGUGAACCCCCUCUGGGAGACCCUGUGCCAUAGAAAUUGUGCCACGGCGCUUUCUUUCUCUCUUUCUUUCUCUCUAUUUCUCUCUUUCCCUCUCUUUCUCUCCUCCCUCUAUGUUUGACUCCCCAGUCACUAACACUGUAAGCAUGCCCCAUGGGACGAUCCACUUUUUUUACUCUUGAAUAAAAUAUGCAUGAACCUUUGGCAUGAAUACUUAGCCUUUAUUUUAGGACACCCACACACAAUUUUGAACCGGAAACUAAUGCAAUGCAAAGAAUGAAUUUUCACUGGACCGGUAAUAAAACGGUUAAAUCUGGGAUGUGGCGCAUGGUUCAGAUCAUGAACUGCUAUGAAGAAGGAGCAGUUACUGAUUAAAGUUCAAGAGAUCACAAAAAGGUUUCCCAAGUCGUUUCAGUAAAUUUGGUGAAUUUAUAGAUAGGAGUUUUUCAAAUGACAGCCU